GACUGCACCAAUUGAUACCCACCACCGGCCGGAACACGAGACAAGAUGGCGUCCAAGUAUGCGUUCAAUGCGGGGCUGAAGGAGCUGAGGUUUCUGUUCUGCCAGACUAGCGAGCACAGCGCUGCGACACGACACUUCCUCCAGCGCAGCUACCCCACAAUGAAGAAGCACAACCCGCACACCCCCAUCCUCAUCCGCGAGGCCAGCGGCAUCGAGCCCACCCUCUACGCGAGAUACAACUACGGAAAGGAGAAGAAGGUCACGCUGAAGGGUCUGGAUGACAAGUCGAUCGAGCAGAAGGUCACCGAGCUCGUGCAGUCCCAGUCGGCAUAGAGAAGCAGACGGUAGAAGAGGGGGUUGCAGGAGGACGCGAGGCAAGAAAGACUCGAAAGAGCAGCGGCAAAUUCGAGCACAGCAGCUGUACAUGUGUAUUAAUGACGAAUGUACUUGUUCCAAC